AUGGAAGCUCUCGAGUUUUACAAGGAGCUACUUCUUACUCGUGUUGAUGGAUUUGCUAAUGCCCGUGAUGUGCUACCAGCUAAUCUUCAUACCGCUAACGGUAUGGGUCCGGUUGGAGGCUAUAUCAAUAUUUCGGAGAAGAAGCAAAAGCGGCACUGGGAUGGUAUGAUCGGCAAGGUGAGGAACAAAAUUACAGGUACUCUGGAUCAUCCCAUCUGGUCCCAGCUGCCUUUGGAACUCCAGCUCCACAUUCUAAACUUCUUGCCACUCCCGGCACUUUGCCGUGGAAAGAGCGUCUGCAAGGCUUGGAAGUCCGCAAUCCAGGGCUUGGGAUAUAGCAAAGCUCACAGGUUUUGCAAUGGGCAGUGGUAUAUCAUGAACGGUGAUAACGCUGUUGGUCUCUGUGAUGGAAAUUCAAGGCCUCUUUCAUGGAAGAUGAUCCAGUUACCUUACGAGAUACACACAGAAAGUAUCUGUGUGUCUUCGGCCGGGCUUGUUCUUGCAUACUUUCCCUUGGACAGGCCACAAAAUAUAAUGGUUUGGAACCCCUUAGAUUUAAGUUCCUUGGUGAAGCUGCCUCCACCACCUGGUUCUAAGCCAACCAUAGUUUUCGUGGCAAUCCAAUCUUCAGUUGGUAGUGACCACAGGCCUUGGUUUUCCGUGGUUUGUGUUCGGGGAGUGAAGCCAAGGGAUACAGGCGCACGCCAUCUAGUUCUACAGGUUUAUGAUUCGAGAUCUCAGAAAUGGGUCUCAUCUCGUCGAGUAUUCACAGGGAGGGAUGAGAUUGCCCAGACUUGCUUUAAGGAAAACACCGAUUGCAUGCUUCUACGGGAUGACAAGCUCUACUUUAUCACGAUCACAAGGGACAACAGAAGAUCGCUCAAGUGUGUUAACGUGUGGGAUUCAGAGUGCAAGAUGGCGACUUUGGCAACCUGGACGAGUCUUCCCAUGGACUUGCAUCAAGAAACAUACGACCCCCCAUGCCUGUACAAUAACACCUCACUUGUUUACUGUGCUGGAAAGCUGGUGCUCGCAAACUUUAUCCUGGAUGCACAAACCCUUGGUUUUGUCUAUCUGGACGAAGCAUCCAGACAAUGGCGACCCUUAGCAACAAUGCCAAGAGAGAUUAUGCCGGCAGAGCUUAGAAAUCUUGGGCUGCGAGCAAGCAAUAUCCAUCAGUGGAGUUUGGUAGUAGCGGGAGGUGAGGCAGAGAUCACCUUGUUUCUAAGUCACUUCGAGGGAUUGUGUUGGGGUUGCAUUUACAAUGACGAGACCGGUGUCUGGCAAUCUGUCUUUGGCCAAAGGUUUGAGGGUAGCAUGUUGUAUCCUUUUAAGCCAUCAUUAGUCUCCAUUUAGAUAGUGUGGUUAUUGUGACUUGGUGUGAAUAUAACAAUUUGAUUUAUAUUUCA